AUGGAGGAGGUCCGAUCCCAGCUCCCUUUACCCGAGGAGCCUCCCGUCGCCCCGGACUGGAACACAGCCGACGCCCGCCCCGUGGCCGUCGGCUCCGGCCGCCUCGAGAGCGACAUCUCUACCGGGCCCGCCUCCGAGGCGGGGCUACGCCAGCCCGCGAGCACGAAAAACGUCGACCUAAGUCGCAUAGGCCGUCAGGGCAAAGAUGACUUGAAGGGCCCGCCUAAGGAUGCCAUUUCCCCUACACUUGCUAUCGGUCUUAUGUUAGCUCGUAAAGGAUCCGAAUUUGGUCAACCACAGGCUGGUGAAAAAUUCCCGCCGCCGCUUGACAUCUUUGAGAACGGCGUUGUCCAGAUCCUGUCGGACGUUGGGGCAUAUAUAGACCCCCAAAAGUUGUUACGACCCGAAGGCAUCGUGCAAGAGCGCGAAUUUGUACACAGAAUCGUCGAUAUCAGAGAGGACCCGGUUAUGCUACAGGAAAUAUUAGACCAGCAGCAAGGAAUUCCGUGGAACACGGACAGGAUCGACAAUCUGAUUCAGAAUCAGCUAAAUAUGAAGCGGACAUACGCCAGCAUACGAGAUGCACGUACCGGCCUCAUUUUCAGCGCCAUGGCCAUCGUGUUUGCAGUUAUCACAUUUAUAUUCGCGCCUCUGACCUUCAUGACAAACUACUCGCCCUGCCCCUUGAAGGCGUCUUAG